CGUUCAUUCAAAUUAAUAGUCUUCCUCUCUCUCCCUGCCGUCUGGUUUCUGAGAUUUCAUCACAUUUCUCAGGAACCCAUUCUCGCAUUAGAGAUAUUAACAGGCGGGGAGAUAUUAAUAAGCCUCUGCAAAUAUGAUUGAGGAAUUAAUUACCAGGAGCUUGAUCUUGGUGUUUGGAUAUGCAUAUCCUGCAUUCCAAUGUUUCAAAACUUUGGAGAAAAACAAGGUUACGGUUCCAGAACUCAGGUUUUGGUGCCAAUACUGGGUAAUUGUUGCGCUGAUAUCAAUUAUUGAAAUAGUCCUUGAUAUAUUUAUCUCAUGGGUCCCCUUUUACCGAGCGAUAAAGCUACUAAUGUACAUAUACUUGUGGCAUCCCGCUACUAAGGGGAGUACCUACAUGUACGACACGGUGGUGCAGCCGUAUGUGUCUAAGCAUGAACCAACAAUAGAUCGAGGUAUAUCCGAAUUGAAGGAGAGGGCAUGGAAUUUGGCUCUUAGUUAUUGGUACAAAAGCGCAGAUAUGAGCUCCAAAAAAGUUCUUGAAUGCCUUCAAUUGUUGAUGGCUCAAGUCAUGAACGCUGCAUUAUCGCGCCCCCAAUCACAGGAGGGUAAAUCCAAGUCCAACGACGGUGCAACGCCAACGCCGCCGAGCACGCCUUCUGGAGUCCUCAAGCGAAACACUUCCGAUAAGCGGCGGCCACCUGUUGGUCCGGCGGGAAGCGCGGGCAGCCCUACCCCCAAAUCCGACGCUAUAAAGGUGAAACUCCAUAAUCAAGCACAAUUUGUUCAUGCCGAUGAUGUAUUUACCCCCAAUUCGGCUAAGCAACAGAAAUCAGAUAACGAUCAGGAUUUCCUUGCUGCCAGGGUCAGGCUCAGGAGCCUCAACAACAAAGAAAGACUAAAUAAUUGAAUGCAAUAGUUUAGGAAUUAGUAGGAUUUUUCUUUUUUCUUUUUUGAUUUGCUUCUUGUAAUUUCAAUUCUUUUUGCUGAAUUCUAAAUUGCGAUUGAAGCACCGUAAAAAAAUGGAAAUUGUACAUUUUUUUAUGUGUGUGUGAAAUGUAAAUGUGAAAACCCAUCGAGAAAUUUCUGAAUAAGGGGUUAAGUUCGCUGACCUUUCGUAAUUAGGGAUUCAAUUCGCAAGCCUUUCGUAAUUUAGGAUCGAGGCAUACGUAUUCUCCAGAAUAAGGGAUUUGUGAUAUUUUAUCUUAUU